AUGGCGGCGGACGACGGCGACAACACCAAAUUCUCUGCAAUCUACGACUCAUCUUCUCCGUCGCAGCCUCUUCUCUCAAAACCCUCCACAUCCGCUCUCGGUUCUCCGCGUAGAAGUGAUCCUGAAUCCGACCCGACCCAAUUUCUCCAGAUCUCGUACAAUUUUGGCCCCAGACCUUUCAAAGACAUCCCUUUCCUUCUUCUCUUCAACCUCUUCGUCUUGUCCACUUUCGGUUUCGGAAUCUUCUCCGUUUUCCAUAGGAAUAGUGACUACGGGAGCUCCUCUUCCUUCACCUACGAUCUCUCAUCUAGCUCCUGCGUCAAAAAUUCCACCUCUACGAACUGGGCUUCUUCGAGUGUGAUGAUCCCUUCUUCUGAUUCAGUCUUUGAGAAGGAUUUGAUCUGGAGCCUCGUUGUAACGCUGAUUCUAAGCGUGCCCUUGUGUUUUCUAGUCCUUGUUUUGCUCAAACACUACACUAAGCAGAUAGUCUAUGCUUGCUUGCCUCUCUUCGUCGCAUUUCCAAUCUUUUUCAAUGUGUAUUGGUUCGUCGCUUGUACUCUUAGCUCUUCUUGUAGCGAUGUCCUCCCUCUAGCUUACAGAAUCCUAGUCCUAGUCUUCGUCUUCUUGAUCAUCGGGAUCAUUGUCUGGAUCCAAGUUGCUAAUUGGCACAGAAUCGAGCUCACCAUCCACAUCAUCGGCGUUGCAUCGGAUGCCUUGUCCAAAAACUUGAAGCUUUUUCUUGUGUUGCCGUUGCUGACACUCGGCUUGGUGGUUUACUAUGCGCCGAUUGUGGUGUUCUUGGUGUUUGCAAGGUUUAACGGAAAGUUUGUGCCGAGAGAAUCUGAUGGUGAAUACUCUUGUGAGUGGAAGCAAGAUUCAUGGGUUCCUGCGUAUUUCGCACUCGCCAUCGUAACGAUGCUCUGGUCUCUUGCUGUAAUGGUGGAAAUGCAAGUCUAUGUGAUUAGUGGAGCAAUCUCUCAGUGGUAUUUCUCCAAGGAAGACUCCAUGCCUAAAAAAUGCAUCCGUACUUCUUUGAGGAACGCAUUUGGGCAAUCCUUUGGUACAAUAUGUCUGUCAGGAAUUCUCAUCGCCGUUGUUCGUGUAGUGCGAGCCAUUGUGGACAACGCAAGAGAAGAGAACCCACAGGGCAUAGUGAACUUGGUUCUCCGUUGCUGCGCAAGCGCCCUACUUGGAGCUAUCGACUAUCUCAACAAGUUCACAAUCAACUUCGCUGCAAUCACCGGUGAAGCCUAUUGCACCUCUGCCAAAAUGACUUACGAACUCUUAAGGCGCAAUCUGCUCUCUGCUGUCUUUGUCGAAACAGUUUCCACUCGGAUCCUAACCGGGAUUGUCUUUGUCCUCUCAUCCGCUUAUGCAGUCGCGACAUGGGCAGUUCUGAGAGGAGUGAGCAACUUGGGUAAAGAUUCCUACCUGGUGGCAGUCCUCGCAUGGCUAGUGUUGAUUGUGAUAUUGGCUUUCCUUGUAAAUGUUCUUGAUAAUGUGAUCGACACGAUCUAUGUGUGUUACGCCAUCGAUCGAGACAAGGGAGAUGUUUGCAAGCAGGAAGUUCACGAGGUCUAUGUUCACUUGCCUAUCAGCAGAAGCAACAGAUCUCCCCUCAUCCCAAAUGCUCUUAAUGCAUAG